AUGACGCCUUUCGUCCUCACGGCCGUGCUGUUCUUGCUGGGGAAUGCCGUGUUGGCCUUGACCCCGGCCGAAUGGCGCAAACAAUCUAUCUACUUUCUCCUCACGGACCGCUUUGGCAGGGCAGAUAACUCGACCACUGCUGCCUGCGAUGUCACUGAGAGGAUCUACUGUGGCGGGAGUUGGCAAGGAAUCAUCAACCAUCUCGACUAUAUCCAAGGCAUGGGGUUCACGGCCAUCUGGAUUUCACCGGUGACCGAGCAGCUGCCGCAAAAUACGGGUGAGGGAGAAGCCUAUCAUGGGUAUUGGCAGCAGGAAAUAUACACGGUCAACUCCAACUUUGGGACAUCAGACGAUCUCUUAGCCCUGUCAAAGGCGCUCCAUGACCGUGGCAUGUACCUCAUGGUCGAUGUGGUUGCGAAUCACAUGGGAUACGAUGGAGAUGGCGACUCCGUUGAUUACAGCGUCUUCAAUCCAUUUAAUUCCUCGAGUUAUUUCCAUCCCUAUUGCCUGAUUACAGACUACAGCAAUCAGACCGAUGUGGAAGACUGUUGGCUGGGCGAUACGACUGUCUCGUUGCCCGAUCUCAACACCACGGAGACUGUUGUGAGGACUAUAUGGUAUGACUGGGUGGCGGAUCUCGUCUCCAAUUACUCUAUUGAUGGGCUUCGCAUCGACACGGUGAAACACGUAGAAAAGUCAUUCUGGCCUGGUUACAACAGUGCUGCGGGUGUCUACUGUGUUGGCGAGGUCCUCGAUGGAGAUCCGUCUUACACUUGUCCCUACCAGGAUUAUCUGGACGGUGUAUUAAACUAUCCAAUAUACUAUCAACUACUGUAUGCGUUUGAAUCCUCUAGCGGCAGCAUCAGCAAUCUUUACAACAUGAUCAACUCUGUCGCCUCUGAAUGUUCCGAUCCCACUCUGUUGGGCAACUUUAUCGAGAACCAUGACAACCCUAGAUUUGCCUCCUAUACAAGUGAUUAUUCUCUUGCUAAAAAUGUGAUUGCUUUCAUCUUCUUCUCUGACGGCAUCCCUAUCGUCUAUGCCGGUCAGGAGCAGCAUUACAACGGGGGAAAUGACCCCUACAACCGCGAGGCCACCUGGCUGUCAGGAUACUCGACGACGGCCGAACUGUACACGUUCAUUGCGACCACCAACGCGAUCCGUAGCUUGGCGAUCUCCGUCGACUCGGAGUAUUUGACGUACAAGAAUGACCCAUUCUACUACGACAGCAAUACCCUCGCUAUGCGCAAGGGUUCGGAUGGCCUGCAGGUCAUCACUGUUCUGUCCAAUCUGGGCGCCGAUGGUAGCUCGUACACGUUGACUCUGAGUGGCAGUGGCUAUUCGUCAGGCACGGAGCUGGUGGAAGCUUACACCUGCACAACGGUCACUGUUGACUCUAAUGGCGAUAUUCCAGUUCCCAUGGAGUCCGGACUGCCGCGCGUUUUCCUACCAGCAUCCUCAUUCAGUGGUAGCAGUCUAUGCAGUUCUUCUCCUAGCCCUACUACUACAACAUCGACAUCGACAUCGACAACGUCGACGGCCUGCACCACCGCCACCGCUGUGGCGGUCCUCUUCGAAGAGUUGGUGACAACGACCUACGGUGAAAAUGUCUACCUCAGCGGAUCGAUCAGCCAACUCGGGGACUGGAACACGGACGACGCCGUGGCCCUGUCCGCAGCUAAUUACACUUCUUCGAAUCCCCUGUGGUAUGUGACAGUCACAUUGCCGGUUGGGACGUCCUUUGAGUACAAGUUCAUCAAGAAGGAAGAGAACGGCGAUGUCGAGUGGGAGAGCGAUCCCAAUCGGUCGUAUACUGUGCCGACGGCCUGCACGGGAGCGACGGAGACGAUUGUCGACACAUGGAGAUAG